CCGAAAACCGAAGUCGUCCAUCUUGUAAAAGUUGUUGCGACGAAGCGGUGUUUUAUCAUUUGUGUAUUUCAUUGAUAUAAUUCUGCCAAACUGCAUGUUUUAAAGUUUUUUCAUAAAUAUAUGCAUUUAUAUAUCUAAAAUUUUAUCAUUCCAUUACAAUCGACAAGUUUUAUACUCUUUGUAUAAACGCAUUUUAAUCUUUUGAAAUGGAGGAAACUGACGAUAGCGUUACAACUCCGGUACGUAGAACCCGUUCUGCAGCGGCGAAAACAACUCCGAAGAGUAUACCCAAGUCGCAAAGGCCAAAACCUUUAUCGAAAAAAACUAAAAAGAAGGUUGUGCUGAUGGAGGUAGAAGUGUCUGAUGACGAAGAUGAAAGUAAUUGUGAAAAUGACGAAAAGAAGGAAAGCAAUGAUGAACAGAGUUCGAGUCCUGAGAAAGAAAAAAACAGUGAAGAAGUUUUGAAAGAUGAAGAAAAGUUAGAAGUAAAUGGAAAAACCAGUAAUGAUUCCAAAAUAAUUGAGGAUCCUGAAGUUGUUGUUAACGAUGUAGGUAUGAUCACAGAAGAUACAAAUAGUCAAGUCGAAGAAAAAAAAGAUUCAAAGGUGCCUAUUGAAAAAAUGGAAGUAGAUGAAGAUGAAAGCUUUGAAACUGUAAAAACCAAUUCAGAAAAUGCAAAAGAAGAUAAAUUGGAAAAAAAGAAGGAAUCGGUAGUUGAAAAAACAGACAGUGAGUUAACAACUGAAAAAACUGAUAAUAAAUCGACGACCGUAAAAACAGACAGUGUAUCGACAUUAAAUAAAGAAACUGACAGUUCAGAUGAACCUAAACUAAAGAAACCCAAACUUGAAGAAGUUCGUAAAGAAGUUGAAGAAACUAAAGAAAAACUAAAAGAUGAGGAUAAGCCUAAAAAACCUGAAGAAAAGACAAUUGUAGAAAAAACUGAAGACCAAGAAAUUACUGAAAAAGAAAAAUCUGAAGAAAAACAAAAACCUGUUGAAAAAGAAGAAUCUAAAAUAUCUGAAGAAAAACAAAAACCCAUUGAAAAGGAAGGAACUCAAAUGCCUGAAGAAAAACAAAAACCUGUUGAAAAGGAAGUAAUUGAAAAAGCUGAAGAAAAACUAAAGCCUGCUGAAAAAGAAAUUCAAAUAUCCGAAGAGAAACAAAAACCUGUUGAAAAAGAAGUAACUGAAAAUUCUGAAACAAAACAAAAACCCGUUGAAAAGGAGGUAAUUGAAAUAUCUGAAGAAAAGACUGCUGAAAAACCAGAAGAAAAUGCCGCUGAAAAAUCUGAAGAUAAACAAAAAGCUGUUGAAAAAGAAGCAACUGAAAAAGCUGAAGACAAACAAAAAGCUGAUGAAAAAGCUGAAGAAGACAAACAAAAUGCUGUUGAAAAAGAAGCAACUGAAGUUUCUGAAGAUAAGCAAAAAGCUGCUGAAAAAGAAGCCACUGAAAUAUCUGAUGAAAAAUCUGAAGAAAAGUCAAAACCUGUUGAAAUGGAAGUGACUGAAACAUCUGAUGUGAAAGUUAAAGAAGGCAAAACUGACAACCAGUCAGCAGAUCCAGAUGCAGAAAAUAUAUCUGAAGAUGAAUUACCUACUGUUCAAGCAGCCAAAGUACCUGAAGCUGAAGAGGUUUCUGAUGAAGAACUUCCAGGACCUAAAAGAGCUGAACUUCCGGCAGACACCGAGGUUGUGUCAGAAGAUGAACUGCCUACAGUUAAAAACGAAGGCAAAAAGGAAAGUGCUAAAAGAAAAUUGAAUGAGACAGACUAUGAUCCUGGUUCUCCCACUUCUGAAAGUGAGGGUCCUGCUAAAAAACCUGCUCUAGAUGCUUCGGCAGAAAAAGAAAAAGAGGAACCAAAAAAACCUAAAAAAUUGCCAGAACUUGAUAAAUAUUGGAAGGCUGUGAAUGACGAUCCAACUGAUUUUACUGGAUGGACUUAUUUGUUGCAGUAUGUUGAUCAAGAGAAUGACAUGGAAGCAGCCCGAGAAGCAUAUGAUGCCUUUUUAUCGCAUUACCCAUACUGCUAUGGAUAUUGGCGCAAAUAUGCUGAUUACGAGAAAAGAAAGGGGAAUAAAAAGAAAUGCGAGGAGGUUUUCGAGCGGGGAUUGAAGGCGAUACCUCUAUCUGUCGACUUGUGGAUCCAUUAUUUGACAUAUGUCAAAACCACACGCACUGAAGAUGAGGAAUUCAUCAGGUCUCAGUUCGAGAGAGCUUUAGCUGCAUGCGGAUUAGAGUUUAGAUCGGAUAGAUUGUGGGAUUCCUACAUUAAGUGGGAAACUGAAGGAAAACGCUUACAAAAAGUGACCUGCAUUUAUGACAGGUUGUUGACCACUCCCACUCAGGGUUAUACUUCACAUUUUGACAACUUCCAAGAACAUAUCUCUUCGAAUCCUCCAAACAAAGUUAUAGAGGUAGAUGAAUUUUUGGCAUUGCGAAAAGAAGUUAGACAAAUUCUGAAACACGAUGUAAGCGACGCUCCCCCUGCCGAUUCAGACGCGCCACCCGGCGACGAAGAUCAGACAAAAGUUGUCAGCUCUGACGAGGAAACAAAGUCCAUCAGAGAACGGAUCGUUUCUAUCCGAAGAAAAAUCCAUAAAUCUACAGUGAAUGCUGUUACAGCGAGAUGGAACUAUGAAGAAGGGAUCAAACGACCUUACUUCCAUGUCAAACCUUUAGAAAGGUGCCAACUUAAAAACUGGCAAGACUAUUUAGAUUAUGAGACUGAGCAAGGCGAGAAAGUAAGAAUUAUCGUUUUAUUUGAGAGGUGUUUAAUAGCCUGUGCUCUCUAUGAAGAAUUUUGGUUGAAGUUUGUCCAUUAUUUAGAAUCACUUAAAGAUACUGAGCUCCAAACUAAAAUUAGAGAUGUUUACGAGCGUGCAUGUACUAUUCAUCAUUUGAAAAAACCUAAUCUUCACCUGCAAUGGGCCAUGUUUGAAGAAGGUGUUGGUAAUGCUGCUCGUGCUGCAGAAAUUCUGGUUAAUUUGGAAAAAUCUGUGCCGAAUGUUCUACAAAUUGCCUACAGAAGAAUAAAUUUAGAAAGACGCCGUGGCGAACACGAAAAAUGCACCCAACUCUAUGAACACUAUAUCAACAAUUCCAAGAAUAAAAUGAUUGCUAGUAGUAUUUCCAUAAAAUAUUCUCGAUUUUGCUAUGUAAUUGUUAAAGAUAUCACUAAAGCACAGGAAAUCCUAAAGUCAGCUAUCACUAAAGAUCCUAACAACCCGAGGUUAUACCUCCAACUCAUAGAUUUAACUCUCCAGAAAGAAAAUGUUACAGAAAAAGAAAUUAUUGAUAUUAUCGAUAUGUUUUUGGAGAAGGAAAACACCGAACCGGAACAAAAAGUUCUUUUCUCCCAAAGGAAGUUGGAAUAUUUGGAAGAUUUUGGCAGUGAUAUUCACUCUGUGCAAACAGCACAUGAACAGUAUCAGAAAUUCCUCAAGGCAAAUAAGGAAGGCAUGAAGAAGAAAGAAGCCAAAAGCAACGCCCCCAGCAGUGAAGCUACUGCCGUAACAUCCAAGUCAGUUAAAGAUAAACCAGCUCCACCUUCAUCUUCAACAUCCGGUGCUUAUGGUAACUAUGGGCAAUAUGGAAAUUCAGGUCAACCAAACUAUCCAUAUUCAGGCAACCAACAGGGUCCCAAUUACUAUCCUCAAUACGGACAGGGUGAUCAAUAUCAAUACCAAAACUGGCAAUAUCCUCAAGGAGGUUAUGGGGGUUAUAACCAGUGGGGUGGCUACAGCGGAGGGUAUGGAUAUUAAUUAUUUCACUAAGCUGUUGUUUGACAUUUUAAGGUUUUUAGAUUCUGAAGAAAAAGAAAUUCUUCGUAAAAAGUUAAAAUUUUUACUUGAUAACCCAUACAUACCUUUUUGUAUUCUUUUCUUAAUUUUAAGGAAAUCUGUGUAUUUAGUAAUUCAAAAU